AUGCUACCCCUUCCCGGGGCCCCAUCUUCGUCAUGGGCCCUUUUUAACCAGCGGGUCAAGUCUAUGUUUAGCGGUGCUAAUCUCAGGGUUUGCAUCUCCUUCUGGCUAUUUGGUCUGAUAAAUAAUGUCCUAUAUGUUAUUAUCUUGUCUGCCGCUCUCGAUCUUGUCGGCCCUGAUGUUCCAAAGGGUGUUGUUCUCCUCGCAGAUGUCAUACCCUCCUUCGCGACGAAGCUCGUCGCCCCGUACUUCAUACAUGUUGUGCCGUAUCCCGUCCGAAUCCUGAUAUUCGUCGUGCUCUCCGCAGCUGGCAUGCUUUUGAUAGCCGCGAGUCCAUCGUACGCGCAAGGUGGUACCAUAACGACCAAGAUCGCAGGUAUCAUUUUGGCUAGUUUGUCCAGCGGAGGUGGGGAGCUGAGCUUCUUGGGACUAACACAUUACUACGGUCCUUUCAGCUUGGCAUCCUGGGGAAGCGGCACUGGCGCAGCGGGACUGGUGGGAGCAGGUGCCUAUGCUCUUGCGACUACGUCUCUGGGUUUCAGCGUCAAGACUACGAUCUUGGCGUCUGCUUGCUUGCCCGCCGUCAUGGUGGUGAGCUUCUUUGCCAUCUUGCCCAGGGAGCCCCUGCGGAACCUUUUGCCGGUAAUUAAUGAAUAUGAGCGAAUUGAGGAUGGAUUGGUGGAAGAGCGCGAUAUCGGUGGAGAGGAUCUCAAUCCGGUUGGUGAAGAAAACGAUUUACUGCUUAAUUCUUCCCGCCAUUCAAACGAAGAUCGUAAGUCCACGCAUUCAGGCGAUGGAACUCUGGGGUGGCAGAGUUUCAAAGCGAAUCUGCGGCGUGUUCGGGGGCUUUUCUUUCCUUUUAUGCUUCCUUUGCUCCUCGUCUACAUUGCGGAGUAUACUAUUAACCAGGGGGUGGCACCGAACCUCCUAUUCCCGCUCAGUGAGUCGCCGUUCAGCCAGUUCCGCGCGUUCUACCCGGCGUAUAAUGCCAUCUACCAAGUUGGCGUCUUUAUAUCCCGUUCAUCGACACCCUUUAUCCGGGUGCAUCAUCUCUACUUGCCGUCUUUGCUGCAAGUUAUUAAUCUAGUCCUGUUGAUGCUGCAUGCACUCUUGAACUUCAUUCCGAACGUGUACAUCAUCUUUGUGAUUAUAUUCUGGGAGGGGCUACUGGGAGGGCUUGUGUACGUCAACACCUUUGCUGAAAUUGGCGAUCGUGUACCGAAAGAGGACCGGGAGUUCUCGCUCGGAGCAACGACCGUCAGCGACUCGGGUGGUAUCUGCAUUGCUGGGUUCCUCAGCAUGGCCAUUGAGGUCUGGCUGUGUAAUUACCAGGAUACACACGGCCGGGAUUACUGUCGGAAGAUAUAA